UAGGUAUUUAUGUAUAAAUAAAACUUGAUUUUAAAGUUAAUACUCAUCAUUAUUUUUACUGUAAUUUUAAAUUAAUGACAUUAUAAAAUUAUAAAUAAUAAAGAGGAGCCUAUGGACCUUGAUGCUGAAAGAGCAGAUGCCAGAUUUACUUCAUGUGAUUCUGAUUCAAAUGAAGAAAUUUUUGAAGAAGACUUGCCAUUUUGCACUGAAGGGCAGAAAGUUCACCUUUGUGGCAGACUAUUAUGCAACAAAAGACAGAGUAACCUUCCUGAUAAUCCAUUCAAACGCGAUUAUAUUGACUUCAAUGACACAUUGUGGAUACGACGUUCUGAAGCUUCUCAUCGCAAUAACGCGCGUAAGUGGUUGGAAACUCAGACCAAAGACAGCCGCAGUAACUUGGAGAAAAGUACUGGUGCUCGUUGGAGUUCCGCUUCUUCGUUUGCCUUACUUUGAUCCUAUUCGCUUUGCACCCGUGGAUUUAAUGCAUAAUUGUUUCCUUGGUGUUGCAAAGCGGGUUAUGUGCACUGUUUGGAGGGAUGAAUCCAGAUCCGUUGCUGGUGGUCGAGAGGCUUUAAUCACUAGAAGUCAGUUGGCCGAGAUGUCAAAGGCGUCUGAGACUCUUGUGCUUCCUCUAGGUUACGAUGGUACAUCCAUCAUCAGAAAAAUGAAUACUGGUGAAAAUGGAUUCAGUAACAUGACGGCUGAUGAAUGGAGGGUAUGGAUUACAGCAAUGUCUCCAUACUUGUUAUCCAUGAGGUUGAGUACCACGUACCUUAACAACUGGAUGUAUUUUGUUAAAGCUGUUCGAUUGUUAUGUAUGACGAGCAUAACGUAUGAAGAACUAGAAGAAGCACACUAUUUUUUGCAAAAGUUUUUAAACGAAUUCGUUAGUAUAUAUGGUGAUGCUGGAUAUCUAACCAUCAAUUUUCACAACUUACUGCAUAUUAAGGAAGGUAUACUCGACUUUGGCCCUGCAAUGACCCACUGGGUUUUUAAUUUUGAAAGAUAUAACCGCGAUUUGAAGAAUAUCAACAUCAACAACAAAGGAGAUGUCGAAUAUACAAUUAUAAAAAAAUAUUUAUAUUUAAUUCAUGCUCAAGAUUAUUUUGAUAUUUUUUUUCUUAAACUAGAUGGUUUCGACGCAGUCAUAUCCAGCUUGAUUCUUACAAUGAACAUAGCAACAUGGAGGUGUGGUCAAAUGAAUUUGAACCUGUUUCGGCAAUGUCAAUCGUACCAAUAAUGCGCAUACAUUCGCCUAUUACUAUAAAGUUCAACCAUGUAUAUAAUGUCAACAUUAUUACACAUUUAAACCAACACAUCAUAUAACUAGAAAAAAAAAAAAUAAAAAAAAUAAA